ACGACGACGACGACGACAACGUCGACGUCGACGAAGAGACAAAGAAGAAAGGAGCUGUCGUCGCAAGGUGCAAAAGGCUAUCCACAGGCGAAGAGGCGCCACGCCCGCCCCUCCAUGCUCUGCGAAAACCACUCGGCUCGUCGAUGGUUGGCGAAGAAGGUAGGGGAGAGAGAGGGAGUUAGUCGUUUAGCGCAGCCGCCAGCCGCGUUUUAUGCAACCAGUCGUGCUUCGGAGCGAACGAAUCUACUACCCCGGUCUCCUUUGACAGACGGGGAAGCGCGUGCGGUUCUCGUAGCAACUCCUACACCGUAUCUCGAGAUCGGAGAAUUGACUACGUUCCAUCCGAUUCGAGUACGUACGAAUCGCGCUUCCGGUGAUAACAAUCGGAAGAGAAACGUAACUCUCGUGAGAUAUCUUUAUCGAAUUUCGAGAAACUUUGUUCUGUGAGCUGUGCCAGUCGUGUAGAGCGACAGCGUUAUUGGUAUCCGCGCGUUGUAAACGCGUUACGAAUACGAUACGUAUAUAUCGAGAGUGAAGAAGGUGUGCUAGGAACGUAGGCGAAACGUACGAACGAGAAAGAAGGAACGAGCAGAUCGUCGAGCUAGUAUUAAAGGCAACGAGAUCUAGAGGAAGGCAAGGUCGUAGAAAGGCGGUGUCGGUGUUGUGUUUCCAACAAACCACGGUAGCUCCUCGUGAGAGAGAUAUAUAUUAUUUGGAGAGCUAAAGAGACGAACGUAUUUGGAAAAAGAGACACACGAAUCUUCUUCUUCUUCCCUUCUUCUCUAUCGACGGAGAGACAGCAGGCUAAUAGUCGCGUCGAAGGUGCCCGUGAACGAUCUCGUGCGACGAGCCCGUGAACCAGCUCGUACGACGAGAAUCCCGAUGUGUCAACGCGGCUGCAUUAUAGCCACUACUACUCUGUGCCUCCUCGCACUAUCUAAUCCCGCCGCGUAUACGUGCGUCGUCCUCGUCCGCGUCGUGUGACGUGUGCGUGAGGAAGAGGAAGAGAAAGAGGAAAGAGAGAGAGAGAGAGAGUGAGAAAGAGAAAGGAGCGGGCUUGCCGGCACGGAAUACGCGAUAGAGCGAGAGAGGCGUCUCCAUAGGCGGACGUGAAGACGCGAUACGAGACUGCGUUCACGCCGUACUCUCUUUCUCGCUCCCUCUCUCUGUGUUGUUUUCUCUCUCUCUCUUUCUCUCUGUCCAGCUACUCUUUUUUGUGUUUAAAAAAAAAGAAAGGAAAAAAAAAAAGAGAGGAAAAGGAACAAGGAGAAAGACAGAAAGAAAAAAAGGAAGGAAGGAAAAGAAAAAGAAAAAAAAAAAAUAAGCAACACGGGAAGAGAAGAGAAGCGAGCAUCGAGGAAAGUUAAAGAGAAGACAGCAGCAUCAUCGACGACGAUAACGAAUACAAGAACGAGGAAAACGACGACGACACAACAACAACAACAACAACAACAAUAAACAACAACAAUAACAACGACGACGACGACGACGCCAACGCCAACGACGACGACGACCACGUCGUCGGCCAAGAGCGGCGCGUAUACGCGCGCUCUACGAAUAAUCCAGCUUUCGUACGACUUAUCGUAGCUGAUUCUACUGCUUUCCCUUAAAGAGAACGUCAAAGCUAUACUCAAAGCCGGUCGACUCCUUCGACCUCCUCGUCGCCACUAUGGCGGACGACGAGGUUCUGUUCGACGAAGUUUACGAGCUCUGCGAGAUUAUCGGCAAGGGACCAUUCAGCGUCGUUCGGAAAUGCAUUCACCGACAGACCGGGCAGACUUUCGCUGUAAAAAUCGUCGACGUGGCCAAGUUCACCUCCAGUCCGGGCCUGAGUACAGCUGAUUUAAAACGUGAGGCCACAAUAUGUCACAUGUUGAAGCAUCCACACAUCGUCGAGCUACUCGAAACUUACAGUUCCGAGGGUAUGCUCUACAUGGUGUUCGAAUAUAUGGACGGCUCGGAUCUAUGUUUCGAAGUAGUUCGACGAGCGACCGCUGGUUUCGUCUACAGCGAAGCAGUUGCUAGCCACUACAUGAGACAAAUCCUGGAGGCAUUGCGCUACUGCCACGAGAACGACAUAAUCCAUCGUGAUUUGAAACCGCAGUGCGCCUUACUCGCAGGAAAGGAAAAUUCUGCGCCGGUGAAGCUGCGCGGUUUUGGUGUCGCUGUGCAACUUCCUGCGUCCUCGCAGGCAAACGGUGUCGGGCUGACCUCCCCGAGCUGCAAUUUCCCUUUCGAGGACCUGACCGACGCCGAGGAUUCGCUAGUCAGCGACACGGAGGACAACAUUGGUCGCGUUGGAUGUCCACACUUCAUGGCACCGGAAGUGAUUCAACGUCGACAGUAUGGGAAGCCAGGUGACGUUUGGUCGGCUGGUGUUCUCCUUCACGUUCUUCUUACCGGCACGCUUCCAUUUGUGGGUUCUCGCGAAAGGCUACGAGAGGCAAUUUGUAGAGGACGAGUUCAGAUGGAAACACCGUUGUGGGACUCCAUUAGCGAGCCAGCGAAGGACCUCAUACAGAGAAUGUUAACGACGGACGUAAAUCAUAGGAUCACUAUUCAAGAAGUCCUCAAUCAUAAAUGGCUCAGAGAUCGCGAUAAGGGAGCAGCACGAAUACAUUUAGGUGACACUAUAGAAGAACUUAAAAAAUUUAACGCGAGACGAAAAUUGAAAGAUGCUGUGAAAGCUGCUGUCUCUUCGACAAAGUGGCACGCCCCUUAUUCGGAAACUAAUGGCGACAGCCUUUCCGAUGUUGGCGAUGACGAAGUCACGACUACCGGAGCUGUCGCUGAAAUUUUGGACUCGCUCGACGAUAUUGAAGUUUUGCAAGAAAGCGGUAGACUGACGCGUGGUGAAAUUCUUAACGCAGUUGAGGACUAUCGCCUUCGAGCUAUUUUAGAGCUUUACGACAGGAUCUCAAGUCGCGUACCCACACCAUGCCGAGCGCCACAAACAGACGCUGUGCAACGUGCGCGGGAAGUCGAGGAGAUCCUUCGGGAAGCGGAACACUCGACGGUACGAAACAUCGAUAGGGCCGACCUUCGAGAACUUCAAGAACUUUUGAUGCAGCCGCACAUGAGGGCAUUGCUGCAAGCUCACGACGUGGCAGGCCACGAGGUUUACGGCGAGGAAGCUACGAGAGUGACACCGCCCCCGUUGUUACCGUAUCUGAAUGGCGGCGAUGACCUCGAGGGUCAGAACGGCGAUCUUGACCUCGAGAACGUUACCCGCGUCAGAUUGGUGCAAUUCCAGAAGAAUACAGACGAGCCAAUGGGGAUUACCUUGAAAAUGAACGAAGAUGGAAAAUGUGUAGUAGCAAGAAUUAUGCACGGUGGGAUGAUCCAUAGACAAGCCACUCUUCAUGUCGGUGAUGAAAUUAGAGAAAUCAAUGGAAUACCCGUCGCUAAUCAGUCCGUUAAUGCCUUGCAAAAAAUUCUCCGUGAAGCACGAGGAUCGGUGACGUUCAAGAUCGUGCCAUCGUACAGGAGCGCGCCACCCCCCUGCGAGUUUUCCCCCUGUGGAAGAAUCGAAGUAAACACGCAUACAUCGCUUCGUUUGUACCUGACGAACGAUCGUCGUGACGAUCGAAGUACUGCGUGGACUUCGAACAAGCUGAUAUUCGUGCGCGCACAAUUUGACUACGAUCCUUUAGAAGAUGAGCUAAUACCGUGCGCACAGGCCGGCAUCGCCUUUAAAACAGGCGACAUCCUACAGAUUAUUAGCAAGGACGAUCAUCAUUGGUGGCAAGCACGUAAGGACAACGCGGCUGGUUCCGCGGGUCUAAUCCCUUCGCCCGAACUUCAGGAAUGGCGUAUUGCUUGUAUGGCGAUGGAAAAGAACAAGCAGGAACAAGAUGCUGAAGGAGAAGGAGGAUGUUCUUCUCACACCGAAGGCUGCGACGGUUCGACAGUGAAUUGCUCGAUAUUCGGACGGAAGAAGAAGCAAUACAAGGACAAGUAUCUUGCGAAACAUAAUGCAGUCUUCGAUCAGCUGGACCUGGUCACCUAUGAGGAAGUCGUCAAGCUUCCCUAUCCUGCCUUCCAACGCAAGACUCUAGUUCUAUUGGGAGCACACGGUGUUGGUCGUCGACACAUCAAGAAUACGAUUAUUGCGAAGCAUCCCGACAAAUAUGCCUAUCCUAUUCCGCAUACAACGAGGCCUCCACGAACCGACGAAGAAAACGGACGUAAUUACUACUUCGUGUCGCACGACGAGAUGAUGGCUGACAUCGCUGCUAACGAAUACCUCGAAUAUGGAACACACGAGGAUGCCAUGUACGGAACGAAACUGGAAACUAUUCGAAAGAUUCACGAAGAAGGGAGAAUGGCGAUAUUGGAUGUAGAACCGCAAGCAUUGAAAGUCUUACGUACAGCCGAGUUUGCUCCGUACGUUGUCUUCAUUGCAGCUCCAGUACUUCAAAACAUCACCGACUACGACGGUAGUCUGGAACGGUUGGCGAAAGAAUCCGACAUGUUGAAGCAAGCUUACGGACAUUUCUUCGACCUGACCAUCGUGAACAACGACAUCGAGGAGACGAUCGCCCAAUUGGAGGCAGCGAUCGAACGAGUUCACACGACGCCACAAUGGGUUCCGGUUUCUUGGGUCUACUGACAGAGGACCUCUCCAUCUCGACAGAUAGUCAAUGCAGAUUGCAACGGCUCCUCGAGAAUGAAGCAAUGAUAAAAAGAAUAACGUGAUAACGUGAUCGAGAUCGCGAUCGAACGUUCUCGAGCGAGUUGUUGAAAGUCGAAGGGAGCAACGGUGAAAGCGACGGCGAUUUAAUCGUCGACUAGUCGAACGAUAUCCACGAAUUUACAACUAUCACCGUGUCCUUGUGAAGUGUUCAAAUAUUGAGCAUCGCUCGACAUUCGACGGUACUCUUUUAUCGGAGGUUAGAGGUAGGAUAUAUA